ACCGCGGGAUAAUAUUUUUGUUUUCCUCAGCAAGUGGCUCCCGAGCGGCAUAAGCAAGAUAAGGCUGAUCUUCCUCUCUGCCCUACCGUCGUUCAUUCUCUCUGCCGGUCUGGUGAAGUGUCACAGCCAUGGCAGCCAAGGUUUUGCCAUUUUACCAGCGGAAGCUUAAGCACUAUGACCAGGGAUACCGCAGCACUCAGACCCGCUACGUGGUGCAGGAGUAUUCAGCGUCAUCUUCAAGGACUGCGUCAUCGAGAUCCAGCGCUUCCCGAGUAGCAUCCACUUCUCAAGCUUCGAGAGCUCAGGUGGGCACCAAGAGACACAGGACCUCUGUUGAAGAUGAGCAGCUGGAAUACACCGUGCCACCUUUCAGGACAAGGUCUGCUGCAGAACAAGAGGAGUACCAGCGCAGGGUGGUGCACUUUGGCAAUGAACUGGCUUCUUUGGAGGCAGAAGUCCAUGAGGCGAGAGAGGCAACACGCCAGCAAGUGGACAAGCUGGCUGUUCAGAGGAUGGUGGAAGAGCGGAUGGCCCUGGAGAGACGCAUUCAUGAGGAAUCGAUGAGCCGCGCCCCCGAUUUCCUCGUCCGCCUGAGGUCCCACACGGUCUGGGAGAAGACGCCCGUACGACUCUUCUGCACAGUGGAGGGAUACCCCAGCCCCAUUGUUAAGUGGUUUAAAGAUGACGUUAUAAUCGAUCAGACAAGUGAACCUGGGAAGUACAGGAUUGAGAGCAAAUAUGGAGUUCAUAGCCUCUUAAUCUACAGGUGCUCGAUUCACGACACGGCUCAAUACACUGCUGUCGCCACCAACGUCCACGGCCAGGCCUCCACCAACGCUGCGGUGAUUGUAAAAAGAUACAGAGGGGAAGAAGAGCCUUAUCACUCCGUGCUGCUGCCUGUCCAGCUUCCUAUGCUGCCACCAAUUGCCUACACGAAAAUCGACAUCGACUUUAUGGAGGCCUUUGACGUGACUUUUGGAAGUGAAGGAGAAACACUCACCCUGAUCUGCAAAAUGAUCAUCAGUCCAAAUCUGGCUAACCUGCAGCCGGACGCUCAGUGGUUCCGGGAUGAUGUACGCAUCAGAGAAUCUAAAUGGGCAGAAAUUAAGUACGGCGCAGGAGUGGCUCGUCUGACGCUGACUCAUCUCAAUAAGGACGACGAGGGUCUCUACUCCCUGCGCAUGGUCACCAAGGGUGGAGUUACUGAACACCGGGCCUACAUCUUUGUGAGAGAUGCUGCUGCCACAGUGGUCGGUGCUCCAGGGGCCCCCAUGGAUAUUAAAAUUCAUGACGCCAAUAAGGAUUACGUGAUUGUGUCUUGGAAGCCUCCAAACACCACCAGUGAGAGCCCCGUCAUCGGCUACUUUGUUGACAGGUGUGAAGUUGGAACUGAGAACUGGAUUCAGUGCAACGAUUCACCGGUGAAAAUCUGCAAAUACCCCGUCCAUGGUUUAUUUGAAGGCCGCUCCUACAGUUUCCGUGUGAGAGCCGUGAACAAGUCGGGAAUCAGCCGACCUUCAAGGGUUUCAGAGGCAGUUGCUGCUCUGGACCCUGCUGACUUGGAAAGACUACAGGUCAUCCAUCUGGAAAGAGGAAAGCAGAUUGUCAUUUAUCAAGAUGAUCUGGAAGGUGACGUUAAGAUUCCUGGGCCCCCCACCAACGUUCACGUUUCAGAGACCAGCAAGACGUUCGUUGUUCUCAGCUGGGAUCCACCAUCUCCCCGAGGACGAGAGCCAUUAACAUACUUUGUGGAAAAGUGCAUGGUUGGCAGUGGUAACUGGCAGCGAGUCAACACGCAGAUUCCGGUCCGAUCCCCGCGCUACGCCGUCUUUGACCUGGCAGAAGGCAAGAGCUAUCAGUUCCGUGUGCUCUCUGCGAACAAGCAUGGCAUGAGCGAGCCGUCGGAGGCCACCCAGCCCAUUCAGGCGCAGGAAGUCUACGGACAAGCACUUUCAUCCGGUAUUCCUUCAGCUCCCGGCCGUAUUCUGGCCACCAGGAACACGAAAACAUCGGUGGUCGUCCAGUGGGACCCCCCCAAGCAAGCAGAAGGCCUCAUUGGUUAUUACAUCGACUCCAGCUUGGUGGGCUCCAAUAAGUGGGAGUCGUGCAAUCACAAGCCGGUCAAAUACACCCGGUUUGUGGUUCACGGACUGACCACCGGCCAGAAGUACAUCUUCCGAGUGAAGGCGGUCAAUGACGUGGGCUUCAGCGAGAAUUCCCAGGAGUCGACGGCCAUCUUGGUGCACGCGGCGCUCAGUGGAGGAAUCCCCCACACAAGCCCAUCUUCACCCUAUGGCAUCACACUGCUGGACUGUGAUGGGAAGUCCAUGACGCUGGGCUGGAAACACCCACGCUUCUCUGGGGGCGCCUCCGUCAACGCUUAUUACAUCGAUCAACGUGAGGCGUCUCAGCUGCGCUGGAAGGAGACCAACAUCGAAGCGAUCACAGAGCGGAUCUACAAGGUGGAAAACCUACAAGAGGGCUCCAUCUAUGAAUUCCUCAUCAGAGCUGCCAACGUCACCGGGCUGGGAAUGUCCUCCGAGACAAGCGAGCACUUCAAGUGUGAGGCCUGGUCGAUGCCCGAGCCAGGGCCGACAUACGAUUUGACGUUUAGUGAGAUCAGAAACACGUCUCUGGUGAUCCAGUGGAAAGCUCCAGUUUACUCCGGAAGCAGUCCAGUGUCUGGGUACUAUGUGGAUAUUUGUGAGGCUGGAAAAGAGGAGUGGACCACCGUGAACAACAAGGCGACGUCACAUCGCUACCUGAAGGUUACAAAUCUGGAAGAAGCCAAGCCGUACGUCUUCCGAGUGCGGGCAGUGAAUGCAGCAGGGUCAGGCAAAGCAUCUGAAGUCUCUGAGCCCAUCUUUGUCCAGGAGAGGCCAGGAACCAAGGAAAUUUCAAGUGGUGUUGAUGAAGAAGGGAAUAUCUACUUGACAUUUGAGUGUCAGGAAAUGACGGACAUUUCUGAGUUUGUUUGGUGCAAGUCCUAUGAAGAGGUUACUGAUUUCACCAGGGUCAGCAUUGAAACGAGCGGCGACAAAUCUAAAAUCAUUUUCAAAUGCCCUGAUAAGGAGGACCUGGGGACGUACUCUGUGGCCGUCACCGACACCGAAGGUGUGUCAGCCAGCUAUGUGCUCGAAGAGAAAGAACUGGAAAAACUGAUGGCCCUCAGCCACGAGAUAAGAAACCCCUUGAUUCCUCUCAAAACCGAACUGUCCUAUGAGAUUUUUGAACGAGGACAAGUUCGCUUCUGGCUGCAGGCUGAGAAGUUGUCUUCUGCCGCUAAUUAUCGUUUCAUUAUCAAUGACUUGGAGGUGUCGAACAGUGAGAGUCAUAAGAUUAAAUGCGACCACUCCACUGGCAUUAUCGAGAUGGUUAUGGACAAGUUCACGGCUCACAGCGAGGGCACCUACACAGUUCAGAUCCAAGAUGGCAAAGCCAAGAACCAGUCAUCUCUGGUUCUGAUCGGAGACGUUUUCAAAGCAGCCUUGGAGGAAGCGGAAUUCCAAAGGAGGGAAUAUCUCCGGAAACAAGGACCUCAUUUCUUGGAAUACAUCUUCUGGCACGUGGAAGAAGACUGCACAGUCAUGCUGGUUUGCAAGGUGGCAAACGUUAAGAAAGAGUCGAUGUUUCACUGGUAUAAGGACAAUGUGCAAAUCAUACCCGAGGAGCCUGUGAACUUACAGAACGGAACCUGCAAGUUGCCCAUUUGCCAGUUUUCAAAGAAGGAUCAGGGAAUUUACAAAGCAACUAUUGCUGAUGACCGAGGGCAGGACAUAUCCAUCUUUGAUGUCUCUGGUGCAGUGUUUGAAGAUAUCAUUAACGGCAUCAGCAGGGUAGCUGGUUCUACAGCCUCCGAGCUGAAGAUCCAGUGCACUCCAGAAGGAAUCCGGCUGCAGUGCAGCAUGAAGUACUACACGGAGGAGAUGCGCACCCUCUGGUAUCACAAGGAAUCAAAGAUUUCCUCCUCUGAGAAGAUGAGAGUUGGCGGCACAACAGAGAUGGUCUGGUUACAGAUCUGUGAGCCAACAGACCGAGAAAAAGGAAAAUACACCAUCGAAAUCCUGGAUGGCAAGCAGUCAUACAAGCGGACGAUUGAUCUGUCUGGACAAGCCUAUGCUGACGCCUACGCAGAGUUCCAGAGACUGAAGCAGGCUGCAUUCGCUGAAAAGAAUCGUGGUAAAGUCAUUGGCGGCCUGCCUGAUGUGGUCACAAUUAUGGAAAACAAGACCCUCAGUCUGACCUGCACUGUGUGUGGAGACCCCGCGCCUGAAGUCGUCUGGUACAAGAAUGACAAGGAGAUUGAGUUGAACGAUCACUUUGUCGUGUCUCUGGAACAGGGCAAAUACGCCAGCCUUACCAUUAAGGGAGUGUCAACAGAAGAUUCUGGAAAAUAUGGCAUCAAUGUCAGGAACAAAUAUGGUGGGGAGACGGUGGACGUCACUGUAAGUGUGUACAAGUACGGAGAAGAAAUGCCCCCUCCGAAACUGGGCCAGAUGCCCAAGCCUACUCCAGCUCCAGCCCCGGCCCCAGCCCCGGCUGCUAAGACCGCUGCCAAGCAGCCUGAACCCCCGAGGAUGGGCAGAGCUGGCAGGAGAUAAGCAACGAUGAGAGCAAAGUCGAUUUAACUGGAUGUCAUUUUCUGGAGAGACAUCCAUGAAAAGUCUAAUGAUCCUUUAAGAAAAUUGUGCCCCGCCAUGUCUUUAUUAUGUGUAAUGAAAAAGCGAACCACUGGUGUCCGCCAUACGGCCGCGUUAGUUCAUAGUGCAUCCUGCUGAGAUAUGGCACAAGGCGAAGCUGCCAAAGUUUGAAUGCCGCACUUUAGUAGAGAAGCGAGUCUUAAGGUGUUUGCCGCUUUGUAGAAAAUCCUGUGUUGCCACCUGCUUAAGUCAUGGAUGACUCCAUUAAACAGGUUGUUUGUCCCGUUUCCUUUUUGCUUGGUGCUAAUAAAGUCUAGAGAUCACU